GCGCGGUCCCGCCCCGGCGCGGCUGCGCGGAGGGGAGCGGGGCCCGGAGCCACCACCACAGCGCCGGCCGAGGGGAAGGGGACGAGAGCGGCCACAGCCAGCCUGCCCUGCCCUGCGCCGGGCCGCCGAGUCCGGCAUGGAGAAACAUCUGUUUAAUUUGAAGUUUGCUGCAAAGGAGCUCAACAGAAACUCAAAAAAAUGCGACAAAGAAGAAAAGGCUGAGAAAGCAAAAAUUAAGAAGGCAAUCCAGAAGGGGAACAUGGAAGUUGCACGAAUACAUGCAGAAAAUGCAAUCCGACAGAAGAAUCAAGCAAUUAAUUUCUUGCGCAUGAGUGCCAGAGUAGAUGCUGUAGCAGCAAGAGUUCAGACUGCAGUGACGAUGGGCAAAGUAACAAAGUCAAUGGCGGGGGUAGUUAAGUCUAUGGAUGCCACUUUGAAGAGCAUGAACUUGGAAAAGAUAUCUGCACUAAUGGAUAAAUUUGAGCAUCAAUUUGAAACACUGGAUGUUCAGACACAGCAGAUGGAAGACACAAUGAGCAACACUACUACGCUAACAACGCCACAAAACCAAGUGGAUAUGCUUCUACAGGAAAUGGCAGAUGAAGCAGGUCUUGAUCUGAACAUGGAACUACCUCAAGGACAGACAGGUUCUGUUGGUACAAGCGUUGCCUCAGCAGAACAGGAUGAGCUGUCACAGAGACUGGCCCGCCUUCGUGAUCAAGUUUAAGCUAAACAAAGCUGCAGUCUGUACAUGCUUUCAAAAUGCCCUUUCUGUGACUAACCCUUCACUACAAACGUGGCUUAGGUGUUUAAUGUUCGUAAUAUAGGGCACUGCACUCCAAGCUUGCUCCUCUUUCUAAAUACAUUGAGUAAUCCAAAAGUAUCAGCUCUCUAAUGUCUUUUUCUGUACAUUUUGAAGUUGAUAUAUUUUUUGCAAGCUUUUUUUCACAAAAUCAAGUUGAUAUUCUAAGUCAGCUAGUAAUGUUGGCACAUUCUAGCUAAAAGAAAAGCAGAGUGUCAUUGAUAUAUAUUUUAAAUUAUGAAGUGAUUUUUCUUAAAUUAUGAGAACUGUUUGUGGUUGGAGAACUGAUGUAUUCAGUUCCGAUGAUUGUACUAGCCAACUUCCUUACACAGCCAAACUCCUGGAACACAGAGGUGGACAGUGUGGACUUCAUGAAAAUACGCUUGUUAAAACAAAUGAUUGGACUUCAGUCUGUGGUGGUUUUAGUACUUUAAAGAUACGGUAACUGUUCUGAAACUAAUGGUUCAGCUCAAAAGUGAGUUUCCAAAAGCUGUUUUAAUAUAAUUGGGAACUUGUACGGUUUCAUCACAUUAGUACAGGAGGAAUAAAAUAUAUUUUUCAACUCUUUGUCACUUCUGUUGAAUGCUUUAGCUUGCUCGUUUAAGGUUGAGUGCUCUGGCUUCUCCUAUUUGCUUUCCUCUCAGUAUCCUGCGGUGCAGCUGGUAACGCCACUCUCACCUCUGUUUUGACCAACAGAGUAUCUUGCUCCUGCUGACAGGGAGCUCUUGCUAUCCAUUCUUUUUAGGCUCAAACUGAGAAACCUUAUAUGUAACUGAAGCCUACUUCAUUUCUUGUCAUGCUGGCUUUUCAUCUAGUCACUUUUUAAUAUGCAAGAAAAAAAUCUGGUGAUAUGGCAGAAGGCUGAAGCAUGGAAUAAGAAAUACAAGAGUGCUUUUCCUCAAGUUCACAUCUUCCCAGUCCUCCAUGAGUCACGGUCCCAGCUCUGUCUGCUGUAGCCAGGGCACUCACCCAGAUCAGCCUUUUCUCCUCUGGUCUGGUGCUGGGGAGAGAGGUGAGAAGUGGAGGGGCGAGAUAGGCCAGCUCUGCCUCGAAGGGGCAGGCUGCUGGAUGCGCCCAUCGGUUAUGUUGGAUUAGGAACAGCUACUUCAUUUGUCAAGGUGUAGUAUUGCUGUCUGCAGGUGGAGUAAUGUGAUUUGUAUUAUUGCAGUCACGUCUGGAGAGGCUAGUUUGUUUUAGUUACCCCUUCACAUUUCUGCACAGGAAGAGAAUCUGCUUUCAGGAGCUUCAGACUCUUGCUGCAGUUGUGAAGUCAAGAAAUGUUUGUAGGCAUUUGUAGCAGAAACCACUUGUGAUGUGUUGUGAUAAGCAGUGAUGUUAAAAAUCUGUUCUUGACUCUUUGGGCUCAGUUUGUUUUAUAUCUGUAGGGGUGAGCAAGGUGCAUAGCACCGGACUUAGUUCUUAAUUCACUGGUUUUCAGGACCACAUGGCUUUUUCAAUGUGGGGGAAAUACAGGUUAAAAACAACAAAAAUAAGAUGGAAAAUUAAAUAAAAUUGCACAACAUUUCAGAUUUUGUCUGUCUUGGACCAGCAGCCUAAAUUAAAAUGAUUUGUUUAAAAUGUUUACACUUCUUUUCAAUGCAGCAUUAUUUUAAUUGAGUGUUCCUCCUGUAAUUCGGGGAAACUGGGAGGUGUUUUAGAAGCCAUGUGCUCACAACUGUAGUCUAGGUACAAUCCUUUAAAACGAUAAGUAAACAUCUUAAAAGAGACCAUGUAGUAAGCUUUUUUUGCUAGCUACUUUUGAACAGUGUGACAGUAACAUAAUGGUGUAUCUAUGCAACCAAGUUACCCACAGUUGUGGAGACUGCUUGUGUGUGCCUUUGCCUUAGAGAACUUUUUUUUUGAUAUUUGCUUACUGUACAUCUUGUGACAGGUCUGGAAAGUUACUAUUGUGUCAUAAUUCCCCAUCUGAAUUUAUUUUGCAGUUGCUUGUUGUUAGAGCUGUACCAUAAAGUACUGAGGUUUUCAGUGUCUAAUUAGACAACCCCAGCUAUCUUCUGGCUUAUUUUAUGUUUUUUAUGUUGAACAAUAUGCUGCUUUGGGAGUGUUCUUGGCCUUUACUAGAGGGGGUAGACAGCUAUUCUCGGGCCUCAUGUAUUUGAUUUUCUGAGUAUGUUGCCUUGCCCUGAACCUUGGGGCUUUGAGGAAUUUCAGUACAGAAGAUGAGACUGAUUAACUUGCUGCAAGAUGAAUAUUAAGUAAGCUUCAUUAUCUUACUGGCUGUAUGCAGCCUGUUUCAUAGUUUUGAUUUCCCAGGGCUCCCAAGCUUGUUAACUCUGGUACCAGAGUAGUUUUCAGGAUCUUUUUAGGGAUUAGCAAGUAACCCAGCGGCUUGAUUGACAUAAUCAGUGUGACCUCUGCAGGACUAGGAUGCAAAGAAGUAGGGCAGGCGUAGCUGACCUGAGGAAAAAAAUGUUGGAAACAAAAUUUUUGCCCUGCUGCUUUCACUCAGUGUUGCUGUGCGUUUGAAUGGUGCUGGGAUUUUGUACCACUCACUUCUGCAUGUAGACCUUACCUCUCCUGGGGAAGGAGCACCUGUGUAUGAGCGCUGGUGUUCACAGAGAUUUAACGCUUACAUUUUUAAUGUAUAUAUCUUUCUCCAGUCUUUUGGAAAUGCUUAAAACUGGAAGUUACUCUUAAAGCAAUAUUUGACUUUUGUAUCGUUCUUCCAUUCAGGUUCUCCUUGAAACAUCUGCUCUUUUCUGAACAACUCUGGCUCCUCACUUUUACAUUUCUAGUGUUUCUUGGAAGCUGACUGUUUGUAGAAGCCCAUCUCAUGUUAAAUAACUUGUGCAACUCUUACUUAACUUCAUUACCAAGUAAUAGUUCAAUAUUCGUAUUUAUGAGCAGACAGAUCUAAAGUGAAACGUUGCUUGAAAUGCUUCAGGAUGGUUUUUCUUGACAUUUUUUUUUCCUGGUUUACUGAAAAACAGCGGUGUCUUUGCAUUGUAUUUCCAUCUGCUAGUGUAAUGGUAGUCUUCAUUCUUUUGAAUUCAAAAACUGAAAGCCAUGAAAAGCUUCAGAUGAGAAGAGAAAAAAAAUAAUUUAUCUUUCUCAGUUGUGUUGGGAUAAAAUCAUCACCUUGCCUUUGUGGAGACCCUCAGAGCCAAAAAACAGUGAAAUUCUGUCACGUAUGGUCAGCAACUAUGUACAGAAUUAAAUUCUGAAGUUGGUGACGUGUAUAGAGGAGUAAUUUUUGUAGCUCUGACAGCGUUCAUCUUGAAAACCGUGUAACUUGUACGGGACAAUUUGUAAAUGUAACUGCAAACGGUAAAUAAAAAUUGCACAGCCAAA